GACGCUGAGGGCGCCAUGGCAACCACGCGAUCACGCGGCUCCGGUUUAAAGCGAGCGUCACGUGAGGCCGGGAGUCCCGUGCUGUCACAUGACUUGUUGUUUCAGGAGAUGGCGGCCGCUGUCCUGAGAGCCGCGGUGUUUCUGUCUCUCUGCGCCGGGAGCCUCACGCUUCCGAGCGGGUCACGGCAGACCAGGCGCCCCUCCUGCGGGUACGAGGCUUGUCACGAAACCAAAGCGGGCGCGCUGAACGUGCACCUGGUGCCGCACACUCACGAUGACGUGGGCUGGCUGAAAACCGUAGACCAGUACUACUAUGGAGCCCGCAAUGAGAUCCAGCACGCUGGAGUGCAGUACAUCCUGGACUCUGUGGUCCGGCAGCUGCUGUCAGACCCAACUAAGCGAUUCAUCUACGUGGAGAUCGCCUUCUUCUCACGCUGGUGGCAACAGCAGAGCGAAGACAUGAGGAGCGCCGUCCAGCAGCUCGUCAACCAGGGGCGUCUGGAGUUCAUCAACGGCGGCUGGAGCAUGAACGACGAGGCCACGACGCACUACAGCGCCAUCAUCGACCAGAUGAGCCUCGGACUGCGCUUCCUCAACGACACGUUCGGCGAGUGCGGGCGCCCCCGCGUGGCCUGGCACAUCGACCCCUUCGGACACUCCCGGGAGCAGGCAUCGCUCUUCGCACAGGUCAGGGGCUUGGACACCCACGCUGACCGACUGGCAGACUGCACAGAUUCAGUACAGCACACCGAUGACAGGCUCAGAGCACAGCGAUAACACAACUACAGAUCU